UUGAGUCUGAAUCAGAAUCGGACAUGGAUGACGAGGGCAUCACACAAGUAUGGGACUGUCCUCGUGCUAAAUUUCACAACUUUGACAAAGAAAAUGAAAUAGGAAAGUUUCAUGUUGACCAAGUUUGGGCGUGUUAUGAUGAUUUAGAUGGUAUGCCUAGACUCUAUGCUCGAGUUGAAAAGGUUUUUACUCCAAAAUUUAAGUUACAAAUGGUCUGGUUAGAGGCUGAUACAGAGGAAAAUCAUUGGACAAAUCAUGAGUUAUCGGUUAGUUGUGGUAGAUUUAGACUCGGGAGCUCUUUAGAUGUUUCGAAUCGCCAUGUAUUCUCUCAUCAAAUGCAGUGCAAAAGGGACAUCCAUGGUUAUUAUCUGAUAUAUCCUACGAAAGGGGAGACUUGGGCCAUUUGGAGCGCUGAACGACUAGAAGAAUAUGAGAUCGUGGAGGUACUUUCUGAUUUUGUUGAUGAUGUUGGUAUAAGGGUUAGUUAUCUGGAUAAAGUCAGUGGAUUUGUGAGCAUUUUCGAAAGGAGAUGCUGUGGAAGUGCCUCAUUUGUGAUACCAGAAAACGAAUUACGCAGAUUUUCUCAUAAAGUUCCCUCUUUUAAAUUGACACAAACUAUAAAAGAGUGUUUUGAACUUGAUCCUGCUUCUCUACCUAAUUAUCCAGAUAAUGCAGGGUACAACGAAAAGGUUAUGGUCAAAUAUGAGGCAGCGGAUGAUGUCUCUACCUUCAAGUAACAAAGAGAAGGGAUCUAUAGGGACUUAUCUAGUUCAUUUAAGGCCUUACUCUCCAUCAUUCUUGUGAGGUAACAAUCUUUCGGAAGAAAUUAUAGUUUCAAUAGUGCUCGAUGUAUGAAUAGAUGAGAUAUGAGAUGCUUUAAGGAGCUUGUAGAUGAUGUAUAGGACAGUAGGCUAUUGCUGCUCUUGGCAACUAGAUCUAUGCUUUGAAAACAAAGUU